UCAGUUUCGAGGAAAUUCGCGUCGCGCCAACUUGGGAAAUGCGUUGCGUCGUGUCCCGUGAAAAUCAUCGAGUGUAAGACCCCAAAAGCCCGCAAGGAUUAGCCAGAAAAUAAUAAAAAUAAUAAUAAUAGCUGCAAACAAAGUGUGACCAAAGUGAUAUAUGUGUGCCUGUCUGCCCGUCUAUUUGUAAAUUCAUUUCUAUUUCGGGGCGCGUUCGCUUUGUGGGUAAUUAGCACAAAGUGUCGAGCAAUUUUCCGUCUCAAUUGAAGUGCAGCGCUGCCCUUUGCCAAAAGCAUUCGCCAAACAAUGUGAUGACUUAAUGAAAAGUUAAUACGUCUUUGAAUAAUUGCAGCAAAUUGAAAUAUUAAUUGUUCAACAUUUAUUUCGUGUGCGCCGAGCACUGUGAGCAAAAUAAUAAAUAAAAGUUGUCUCUAACUCGCUAUUGGCAUUGCCUGGCUAAAAAUACAAGAAGUCCACAGCUAUACAAUAUAACAACAAGUUUUAUUUAUUGCCUAAAUAUAUUUGUGAGUUGUGUGUUUGUGUCCCGUCCAUAAAGACGCUAGGCAAAGGCGUAUAAUAUUCUAAAUUCUUGUGCUAGUAACACUUUCAGCACCAGCAAAAAAAUCAAGCCAUUAAAAAAUAGAUAUCGGGCAAAGGAAUCGCAACAAACUCAACACCAGCAGCACAUAAAAAAUUAAUAAAAACACAAAGAGAAAGGCCGAAUAAAUAAUCCAACAAUAUGUCGGCCUCUACGCGAAGUUCGGUGACGAGAAAAUCGUCGCUAUCCAAAAGUGCCAGCGCAGACAAAUCCACAAAGUCCUCGUCGAGUUCCUCGAAAACCCCGCCAGCCGCCGGUGGAAACAAACAGAAAAUGCAGUACACAAAAACCAGGGAGCGCAUGGUCGACGAUGUGCCACUGCCGCCCGCCCACAAACUGACCAUGUCAGAGGUAUACGAUGAUCCGAAGACCGGAAAACCCAACUUCGACGUCCUGCGUCAGCACUUUCUGUUGGAGGGACGGAUCGAGGAGGCGGUGGCCCUGAGAAUCAUCACGGAAGGUGCCGCCCUGCUGCGCGAGGAGAAGAACAUGAUCGACGUUGAGGCACCCAUUACCGUCUGCGGUGACAUUCACGGCCAGUUCUUUGACCUCGUAAAGCUUUUCGAGGUGGGCGGUCCACCAGCCACCACCAGAUACCUUUUCCUGGGCGACUACGUGGACAGGGGCUACUUCAGCAUAGAGUGCGUUCUGUAUUUAUGGUCACUGAAAAUAACCUACCCCACCACACUUUCCCUGUUGCGAGGAAAUCACGAGUGCAGGCACCUCACAGAGUACUUCACCUUCAAACAGGAAUGCAUCAUCAAGUAUUCGGAAAGUAUUUACGACGCCUGCAUGGAGGCGUUUGACUGCCUACCCCUCGCUGCCCUCCUAAAUCAGCAGUUCCUCUGCAUUCACGGCGGCCUGUCGCCCGAGAUUUUCACACUCGACGACAUCAAGACGCUGAAUCGUUUCAGGGAACCACCGGCCUACGGACCCAUGUGCGAUCUGCUCUGGUCCGAUCCGCUGGAGGACUUUGGCAACGAGAAAACUAACGAGUUUUUCUCCCACAACUCGGUACGUGGCUGCUCCUAUUUCUUCAGCUACUCGGCCUGCUGUGAAUUCCUGCAGAAGAACAAUUUGCUGUCGAUAGUCCGGGCCCAUGAGGCCCAGGAUGCGGGCUACCGUAUGUAUCGAAAGAACCAGGUGACGGGCUUCCCAUCGCUGAUCACUAUCUUCUCCGCCCCCAAUUAUCUGGAUGUUUACAACAACAAGGCAGCUGUGCUCAAGUACGAGAACAACGUGAUGAACAUCCGCCAGUUUAAUUGCUCGCCACAUCCAUAUUGGCUGCCCAACUUCAUGGACGUCUUCACAUGGUCGCUGCCCUUUGUGGGUGAAAAGGUUACCGAGAUGUUGGUAAAUAUUCUUAAUAUAUGUUCGGACGACGAACUUGUGGCAGGACCUGAUGAUGAGCUGGAAGAAGCUUCCAUGUCGGCGCUGCGCAAAGAGAUAAUACGGAAUAAGAUACGGGCCAUUGGUAAGAUGUCGCGCGUCUUCUCCAUUCUCAGGGAGGAAUCGGAGAGCGUGCUCCAGCUGAAGGGUCUGACGCCCACGGGCGCCUUGCCAGUGGGCGCCUUGUCCGGCGGAAGGGAUUCCCUCCAAGAGGCUCUGCAAGGACUGACCGCAUCCUCGCACAUUCACUCCUUUGCGGAGGCCAAGGGCCUGGAUGCGGUCAACGAACGGAUGCCGCCGCGCCGUCCGCUUUUGAUGAGUGCCAGCAGCAGCAGCAUCACCACGGUCACAAGGAGCAGCACCAACAGCAACAGCAACACUGGCAACAGCAGCAACAGCAACACGGACAACAGCAUCACGACGACAAAGACCAACAGCAACAUCAGCAGUAAUGACACCACAACCUUAACCAAGACGAGCAGGACAACUGUGAAGUCGGCCACAACCAGUAAUGUGCGGGCAGGAUUCACCGCCAAGAAGUUCUCAUAGUGGGCAGACUGCAAUUUUUGCUAAAUACUAUAUUUUUAUGAUUUUCGUUUCGACUUUCGUUUACCCGUUAGGUUGUACUCCUUGUUAAGGUAACGUCAGAUACGUUAAUGUAUUAGCACAAACUAUAGGGACUUACAUUAUUAUUUAUUGAAUAUUUCAAUAAAAUACAACAAUUAUUGACAACAUGUUUGCACUUUAUAAAUAUUUUAUCUAAGGCUUAAUAUUGUUAAAUAUUUUUAAAUUGUCCAUAUAGUUUGUGCAAAUUAUUUGAGUGUUUGACAUUAGCUUUAGUUACAAUUUUUUACAAAACACUUUCUCUAAUGCUAGUCAAAAAACAAUGAAAAAUGUGACCUGCGAUUUUACAGCUUUCGAUUGUAGGUACACACUCUAUAGAAUAUCUCCGCGAAAACCCCUAGGCAAAACACACCCAUACUCACCAGCAAUAUUAGCAAAAAUUUAUACGUGACAUGAAAAAUGGUUCAUUAAAAACAGGCUGCAAAUAGCUCAACAAAA